AUGAUUGUAGAAGUGAAGCCGAGUGGAGCUUCGGCCGUCGACCCGCGCACGCAACAGGACUAUAAGUUGUCUAGAGGUAGACGUUUAGUGCAAGCGGUACAUGAUGCUAACGGAAAUAAUGAAAGAAACGAAAACAUAUCAGCGAAAGAGAACAUUAACGACUAUCAGAAAUGUAUUCCCGAGGUACAACAAACACUCCCUGUUAUAGUGUUGACUGAAGAUUCUUGCUUUACGGAUUACGUUUCUCUAAAUUCGUUUAAUAUGGAAGAAGAACAUCUUCCCUCUACAGAUCAUAUAAUUCCACGUUGUGUGCCUUCUUCAGAACAAGAAGUUUUACCAAUACAACUGGAGUUCGCACACGAUACAAACUCCGAAAGCUCAAGGGAACAAAUCAUUUAUUUAGAAAAAACAAACGAUUCUCAGGAACCAAUCACGCUAACAAAUACUCAUGAUGAUGAACGCCCGCUGUCUUCAUCUCUUCUCAAAAACGAAUCCGAUAAGUUUAUAGAUCCCAAUAAUCACAACAUGAAUGAAGGAAGAAAACGGCGAAAGAAAGCCGACCCUAGCCAGUGGAAGAGGAAUAUUAACAAAAAAUUACGUAUGGAAGGGAAGGCGUACUUAGGAUUCAGAAAAGCCGGGUCUACAGUUAUUCAGGAUAUACCAAGGGACGAACGUAAAAUAAAACCAACUUGCAUGAGUACUGUUUGUGCUAACUCAAAGAAACGAAAUUGCCAAUAUUUCACCCAAGAACAGAGAGAAUCAAUAUACCAACGAUUUUGGGGCCUAACUUGGGGAGAGCGCAAAGCAUUUGUUUGUGGAUACGUGACUAAGAUUGCAAAAAAAACAAACACAACCGAUGGUGACUCGAGGCGUAAUUUUACGUUAAUUUAUAAUUUGAAUAAUGGGCAACAAAAUUAUCAAGUUUGUCGAGAUAUGUUCCUAAAUACUUUAGGAAUCGGCUACAGAAUGGUCCAAUCGUGGGUAAACGAUAGCUCUCAUGGAAUUCCAGCUACAAUAAAAAUCAAAGAUACUUCCGUUAAUAAUGUGGUGAGGUCACAGGAAGAUUUUUUAAGUAACUUUUUGGAUAGUUUACCAAAAAUGCCAUCUCAUUACAAUAGACAAAAUUCAUCAAAACUGUACCUGGAACCUGUUCUUCAGACUAUUAAAGAUGUUUAUAAACUUUAUUUAGUUAAAUGUAAUGAAACCGGACAACCAAGUUUUAGUCGCAAAAAGUUCAGCGAAGUUAUGAGCAGCAAAAAUAUUUCCUUGUUUAACGUCAAAAAAGAUAAAUGCAAUUUAUGUGCUAGCUAUGAAGCAAGAAAUUUAAAGGAAGAGUCUUGGAAAGAACACAUAGAGAAGAAAGAAAAAGCUAGAAAGGAAAAACGGGAAGAUAUAUAA